UCGAGGCUUCGUCCGCUCAGCGGUGAGCGUGCGGCUGCAAAACAGCGCAUAAUAGCGCCGUGUUUGCUGCCGGCCAGAGCGGUGCGCGUUCGGGAAUGAACCAGCUAUGAAAAUAAGUAUCCGCGCUGUCGCCUUUGGGAAGGUAUCAAUGGCCCUGUUUUGCUUUUGCCUCGCCACGAACGAACGUCCGGCGGGCUUCGUCGGCAGCAGUGGACUUCUUAACGGGCUUCUCGGAACGAGACGCAACGGGCAAAGCGUGCAAAGUGGCCUCAACAAGGCCAGCGGCAUCCUCGGCGGCAUAGCCGACCUUUUCGGCCGCAGACUGGUCCAGGCGGGCAUCAACCGGAUCUUUGGUAGGACGAGAAACGCCAGACUGGUGGACGAGAAGGUCGACCCAAACGCAAAGACCGAUCCCCAGCAGAAGAAUAAGAAGAAGCGGCGGAGGAAACCCGGCCAGAAGCCGAAGGACGUCGAGUAUGUGAGCCCGGUGGAGAAGAACGUGUACGAUUCUGGAACUGGACAGCAAUGGGCCAAUGACCCUGGAAGGCAGAAAGGAAUUCUCACUCCGAAUAAGAAAUUCAACCCGAAACCUGACUAUGCUGAUUACGAAUAUUACAAAUAAUUUUAAUUAAAGUUUGAUUAAUCUGAUACAAAUAAUGGCGUUGAUGAAAAUUGGAAAAUGUAAAAAUGGGAAACAGGAAACUACGUUGACGUCAGUCAAUCCGACAUUAAAAUCAAACUUACGAGUUUAUUGGCGAAGACAAAACAUCUUUGUUAUGGAUUAUUUUCUCUCUUACUUAAAUAUUUUAAUGCCUAGUGAAGUGAUUGAACGUGAAAGCGUAAUUUUCUAAAUUUUAAAAUAGAAGGUGAUGUGUCAUAUAUUAAGGCUAGGACUAUAGGAAUUUUUAUCUAUUUUACGUCUGUUUCGAGACAGGUUUGGAGCCAAUUUAUACUGAUAUUCCAAAAUUUUUCCAACGAUUUUCUUGCCAUUAGACACAAUUUCAAAAGAUCGAAAAAUGUCGAGGCUAAAAUCACAUUGUUUCAUAUUGCUGAGUUUUGGAGAAAAUGAAUCACAAUUUACAAUCUUGCAUGGUCUGAAAUUUUUUCCAAGCUCUUGAAAGUAGAAUAGAAAAUUAUUUACCGAAAGUAAUUAUUUUUAAUAUUUUGUAUAAACAUAGCGUAAAACUUGCUGAUCAAACUCACUUUAAACAUCGGUUUCCAAUAACAAAAAUAAAAAAUACUUCAAGACAUCAAUAAACAACAAGAAAACAUUGAUCUGUAGCCCAAAUUUUUAAAUUGCGUCAUAAAACUAAAAACAAUAUGUUUAGAAUUUUUUUAAACAUAAUAUUUAAGGUGAAAAUAUGCAGUUCAGUUCAUUUUGCAUGUUUUGAGAUUGUUUGCCAGUUUUCAAGAGUGAUUUGGACGAAUUUUCGUGAUUUUAUAUGGUUGAAAGUGUGGUUAAAAAUCUUAAGAUUGCGUGAUUCAUGCUCAUAUAAAUACGCGUACAAAAAAGCCGGUUUGUCUUACAUUCAUCUAUUGGAAGCUUCAAUCACAAAGGACUGACGCAAAUGUCCAAUUCCAAGCCAAUUUUGUUUCAUUCUCUCCAAGAAUUUCAAUUUGUUGGCUCUGAAAUCGCAGCCGAGGGCGAAUGCGAUCUCAGCAAGUGCUUUGUGCCUGUGGAAUUCACAUUAAAGCAAAUCUGGAGUUGUACGAUAAGAGCGAUGUGUUUGAGUUUGCACGUUUGGUUUGAGCAGAGCGGCCCUGGCGAUGGGUUAAUUAAGUUGAAAGGCGGAUUGCAGCACAAAAGCUGGCACGUAUGAGUGGAGAAAUUGCGCGCAGCCCAAAAUGGCAAAGCAGCAGCCUCCGUCGCUGCCGCGCCCGCGUUUGAUAAUGUGGCGAGAGCGGGCGAGUCCCCGCGCCGUUUUCAUUUCCGGAGAACGCCAUGGGAAAUCAAUGUUGGCCUUGUUUCGCAUUUCGCCGUGCGUGGAUUCAUCGCUCUGCCUGUUGCUAAGUUCGUAUAAGGGUGCCGAAUUCAGGCGAAUUUUCCAAAAUGUGCCUGCCAGCUCUGGCUAAACUUUCAUCUCCAACAUACCAAAUCAUCAUCAAAGCUUGCUUUUUGAUCUCUCUUCGACGCUCGUUUGAUGUUACGUCUCUUUGGCUAAUAAGGAAAUUUUCAUUCUGCGUAUCCUCA